AUGACGUCCGUGCAAGAAUGGAAGAAAGAAAAGUACGCAAACACUAGCGACAUCGAUCAUCGCCAAGCCAUCGAUGCACUCGCGUCUUUGCUGGAAAACAAAACGUCCCCUGCAGAAACCGCAAAAGCCAUCACAGCAGCAUACGAACCAAGAUCCAAACUAAAUGAAAAGAUAGAAAACUUCUGGGUUCUGUACAUGUGCGAAGCGAUUCGCCACUUUGGUGAUGCUGCCGCGCGGGAGCGUCUAGUUGAUCUGCUCGGGGAGAUUUCCAGACUACCAGACGUCAAGGACGCAGAUGGAUCCGUUCAAAGUGAUCCCGGCGAUGCCGUCUUCUGGCGAGACAUGCCGCGCUGGGCGUACGAUUUUAAGGAAUAUGGUCUCCACUACGGCGUGUCGGCGGAUUUCGCCGACUAUGAAAUCGACGAUUACUACGCCCAAGCUCUACCCCUCCUCAACGCCACGCGAUUCGGAGCUGCCGUGCUCAGUCGAGGUGAAGUUGCCUGCAGGCUGCCGGCCGCGGCCGACCUGUUCCUGGAGGAGGGAAUAGAAGAGCCCUACGACGAGACGAGAAGGGCUUCGCGAGAGUGGCAGGUAUUGCUCCCGCCGGCCGCCACCUGGCUGUUAGUUACUGGCUCGACUUUUUACAGGCUGUGUCAUGGCGGUAAGGGCCAAGGCGCUUUAGAAGGGGAGACCAGGCCAGAACGCAAGAAAUGGGACGGGCGAGUUUGGUCCCCCGAGCGAUGGGCGCUUUGGAAGGAGCGACUCCAGACACUUGCGGAUAGGGACGAUAUUAGUGACGAAUGCCGGGGCUUUGCGGCUCAAGCGCGAAAGAAGAUGGAGGAAUUAGAGGCGCAACACUAG